GGGGGGGGAAAGAGGGUGAAAUACAAACGAAGCUAAAAAAAGCCAGUUUGGCGGCUGAUCAUGACUGAUCAUCAGUCAGAUUGAGUCAUUAUUGUAAAUAGCGUGGCCGAUUAUUUUGUGUACAGAGUGUUAAUUGUUUGAACGUAUGACGCAAUAAUGUGGGAGAAUUAACAAUUAUUGUUGCAUUUAUUUAUACACUGUUACUGCGCUCAAUUUUUCCACUCGGACAUCCAAGGUUGUCUUCCUGAAGGUCGACGCGUCCCUCCAAAAAUAUUAGCGAAUCUUCGUUUUAUCUGUGAAAAACGUCACAGCGAAAAGAGGGAAUCUCAUUGGUCAACGAGCAUUAUUGACACCAAUUUCGAAUACAGGUCAUGAUAGCAGUUUGAAGUUCCAGGGAUCAAAGAGCCAUUACACAUUUAUAUACUCGAUUACGCUCAGCAAACGACAAAAUGGCAUCUUUUCGGACAAUCAAGGAGAGAAUACCUAGGAGAGGAGUUUUAGGAGCAAUGAUGUUUUUAGCUUGUAUGUUUUCGUACAUGAUUCGGACAAAUUUGUCCAUUACCAUUGUCGCUAUGGUAAAUGCGACUAGUAAAGACGGAGGAACUGGUCCGGCGUGUAGCGUUGUACCCUUAAAUAGUACAGAAAACAGAACUACAGUCGUUAACGAUUACGGCGAAAGGUACGAAUGGAACCAACAUGUUCAAGGGCUGUUGCUUUCUGCCUAUUUUUAUGGGACUCUUCCAGCAAGUGUGCCCGCUGGACUCCUGGCUGAGAAAUAUGGGGGUUCCACGGUUGUAGCAUUUGCAACACUAGUACCUGCAGCAUUAAAUAUUUUGAUGCCUUGGGCAGCUCAUCUUCAUUACGGUGUGGUAUUUCUAUUGCGUUUUCUGAUGGGUUUCUUUGGUGCAGCAGUUUAUCCUGCUCUUCAUGCAAUGAUUGCUAGGUGGGUGCCUCCUAGCGAGAAGGGAAUGUUCGUAUGGACCAUGCAAGGUGGACCUUUUGGCACGGUGGUAACAUUUGCUCUCUGCGGUCAAAUAAUCAGUGCUUACGGUUGGUCAACUGCUUACUAUGUUACAAGUGGGCUCAUACUGAUCUUCUACGUCUUGUGGAUAUAUCUCAUAUACGAUACACCUGACAAUCACCCAGGAAUUACAGAAAGAGAAAAGACUUAUAUUAAAGAACAGAUAGGCACAACAGUUUCUAAACAGAAGGUGAAACUCCCAGUGAAAGAUGUCGUUACUUCCGUACCGUUCUUAGCUUUGCUAUGGGCCCACUUCGCCAACAUGUGGGGCAUUUAUUUCAUAGCUACGAAUGGACCAAAAUACACUUUGGAAGUUCUUGGUUUCAACAUGAAAUCUGGAGGAUUUAUCACAGGACUACCUUACAUAGCUAGACUGGGCGCUGGGGUAGUGUUCGCUGCAGCUGGGGAUUAUGUUAGAAGGAAGAAUAUUCUGACACUGGGUUGGAUUAGAAAGAUAUUCAUGCUCUUCUCACACAUCGGUCCAGCAGUUGCAUUAAUCAUAAUGACCUAUGCUGGCUGUGACGCAACAGUUGCAAUGGUGAUGUUGAUAGUGGCAUUAACUUUCAAUGGAGCUGCAUGUCAGACCAGUUUACAGAACCACCAAGAUCUCGCUCCGAACUACGCUGGUUCUCUGUAUGGGAUCAUGAAUACUUUUGGCAGCUUUCCUGGCUUCAUUAUUCCGCCAAUCAUCGGCGCUCUAACAAACGAGAGAAAUGGAAUAGAAGAGUGGCGUAUCAUGUUUUGGAUCUCUGCAGCAGUAUUCAUAUCUGCAACGGUACUGUUUUGGCUGUUUGGUUCUGCCGAGAUUCAACCAUGGAACGAUUUGAAUCAACAGAAAGUAUCGCAGGUUCCUGAAGAGGAGGAACAGAUGACAGAGAUACCUGCGAAAGAAUUGCAGGUAGAGGAAGAAGAAGAAAACGAACGUCUAUAAAUAUACUUAAUUUAACGAUCUAUAAUUGAAGAAUAUCAAAUUCUGCUAAGAAUUAUUAUUAAGAACUGCAUUUUCUUUUUCUUUUUUUUUUACAUUAUUGACAAAGUUUUCUACUCGCAUUUUGCAACAUGGAGUACAUUAAUACAGCUCAAUGUAUCAAAUUGGAUACGGAACUAUCGUGAAAGAUAGUUGUGUAUAAAUUUUGUUUACGGUCCACUCGUAAGGGCACAAAUUUUUCAUGGGACAUACUUGCAAAAUUAUACAUUUGUAAAACGGCUAUACAGAUUUAAUACUCAUAUAUCUGUUCGUUUCUUUGAUAAGAUAAACGUUUUGAAAACCUGA